UAUCCUUAUCUGUUGUCAUUGUCAAAAAUAUUCUACGAUUUACCAUUUGCUAAAAUAAAUUUGGUUAUUUUGGUCGGAUUUCUAGUCAUUAAAUACACGAAAACUCUACAAACAACUCUUUAUUCAAAGCGUUAAUAUGGGGAACGCUGGCAGUAAUCACCCAAAAGAGUGGAGCAGGGACACGAGUGCGAAAACACCAGAUAUUGCGCCGUCCUCGCCAACUAAGGAAGGAGAGGCCUUCACAUUCGACAAAAAGGUAGACGACGACCGCAGCGGUCGGGAUGAUGACAAUAACAUUGAAGACGGAGCUCCGUACUACACUAAAGCAGCGCCUGAGAGCGACGAAGAGUUUGUCCGCAGGGAGCGAUCCAAUACGUUGACCAGUCAAAGCAAAGAGGUUGAUGAGCUAAAAGUAUUACCUACAGUAUUCAAGUGGGAGGGUGGAGGUAAACAGGUGUUUAUCAGUGGAACAUUUACUGAAUGGAAAACUAUACCAAUGGUGAAGUCACACGGAGAUUUCGUCACAAUAAUAGACUUGCCAGAAGGAGAGCACCAGUACAAAUACUUUGUUGAUGGUGAAUGGCGCCAUGACCCUACAGUGAAAUUGGUGGACAAUGGGAUGGGGUCUAAAAAUAACAUGGUGUCUGUGAAACUGUCAGAUUUUGAAGUGUUCCAAGCACUGGCCAAGGACAGCGAAGGCAUCCACAGCGGUGCCCAGACUGAAUACUCACAGGAGAUACCUCAAUCGAAGCCGUGGGAGAAAGUGUCGGGGCCCCCGAUACUCCCGCCGCACCUGCUACAAGUUAUUUUAAACAAAGACACACCCUUAUCUUGCGAGCCGACCUUGCUUCCGGAGCCCAACCACGUCAUGUUGAACCAUCUGUACGCGCUGUCGAUCAAAGAUGGCGUCAUGGUCCUCUCAGCCACGCACAGAUACAGAAAGAAGUACGUCACCACUCUACUCUACAAGCCAAUUUAAUAUAUCCAAUGCCAUUUACUUAGGUCCAAUAGUUUAAAUUAUAUGCUUAGAAAAGUUCUUAUGAAGUGCCUACACUUAGGUAAUUAAUGGAAUUUAAUUCAUGUCGCCAGCUUCUACUUUGUUCUUCUAGAAAAUUUAGUAGGUAUUAGAACAACAUGUAACGAUAAAUUCUUCGGUCUUGGGGUCCAUUCUCACGUAAAGACGGUGAAAUUAAUUUGUAUUGUAUGGCUUUUAUUGAAGUAUUUUUAUUAAGAUAUCCAUAUCGCCUCGCAUAUUUACUUCACAGCUGGUUUAUAUUUACCAAAGAGACAUUAAUUAAUUACAUGUUAAAUCUUACCAUGCCUAAAAAUAUUCACUAAUUCUUUACUCAGCUGAGCAAAUCGUCAGUUAGGUAUAUUAGAAACAAAUGAAAGUAGAUUUUAUAACACCAACUAGACUUAACAAAUGUCUUACCGUUAUUCCCCGAAUCAGUUUUAUUUCGUAAAUAUAACUCAAACGAUUAUGAAACCACAAUUUGCCCCGCAAACCUAAAACUCAUUUAGUCACGUUGUCCGUUGACAAGUUGUUUUUAAGCCACCAUCGUCGUAGGUACAUCAGUCAAUGUCAAUGCACGUCCACUGCUGGAUAUAGCACUCUCUCCCGGCAUUCUCCAUCCAACCAUGGACCGGCCGCCUGACGAAGCCUCUGGUAUCUGGUAAUUUACAGUCUGCAAGCUUCCAAAUAUAUCUGCCCACCCUCACGUAAAUCAGCGCCAUGUCCAUAUAAAUACCUAAAUUAGGGGUGCUCAGAUAUCUGUAGCAGGUUAUUUUCAUAGACUAUCCCUGCGGGGAUUACAGUCAUGAGCAUAUAUGUAUGUUGUAUUCAAAGAACUUACAGGUUUAAUAAACUCAUUAACAGCUUCAGACCAAUGUUUACUAGGUAAUUACCCGUAUGAAAUAACUAGGUACAUGUUUAUCAAUUCAGAAACUAGAUGGGUACUCUGUACCGUUACUGAAAUUCAGUGGUUAAUUUAUCCUAAUAUGAGUUCACUUACGAUAGGGUAUUGUGUUUAUAAAACAAUUGGUACUUAUGUUAGGUGCAUACCUACCUUACAAAUGCGUGUUAUUCUUAACUAUUAGCUGGUGUAUUAUUAUUAUUUAGUGAUGAAUUCCCUUAUUUAACAAAAUAUUAAGAUAAGUCGGUUGCGGAGAAUGUGUGAUAAUAAUUAUGUUAGAUUGUCAUAGUAAUUUGUGUAGUUUAUUUAAUGUAAAUAAAAUAAAUAAUGCUGUUAAA